AUGCCAUCCUUCCUCAAUGAGGCCAAUUUGCAGGCUGUCAAGCAAGCUUGCAUCAACGAUGGCCGAUAUUAUGAUCUGUUCACGCAACUCUGGACACUGUUUCUUCUGCAUUCUGUAAACCUCACAGAUGAUACACUUCAAGAGAUGGCGCAGAAGAUACAUGAAGUAGGCUGCAAAGUGAUGUCAAAUAAAGUGCCCAGCAAGAAGACACCGUCAUCAACCGAUAUCCUAGUGCAGUCCCAGAUAGAAACCCAGAGAGUGAAUACUGUGCUUCUCAGUGCUUUGAUGGAAGUUGCGGAUGUUGCUGACCUUGACACAAAUGCUGCUAUUGCAAUGAGUGUGACUAAGACACUUGUCACAGAGACGUGCUUGUGGGUGGAUCGGUACCUCACAGAGCUGGGAGUCAUACAGCCACACAAUUCUGAUGAUCCUCAUUGCCGUUGGAUAAGCACCGGUACCACAUUCUUUCAAGCCAGAUCAGGGGUGGCGGCAUCAUCCAAGACAAGCAGGAUUGGCGCUCGCAAGCCGGAUGUCACCCUUGUGACCAACGACUCACAUGAGUGGUCAGAUGUUAAAUCUGUUAUUGAUGUCAAGUAUCGCUGA